AUGCCGUAUGCUACUCUCUUCCGCUCAGAGGAAGUUUCCGCCGUCCAACUUUAUUUCCCAAGCGAACUAGCGCGGUCGACCGUCAGUGCCCUUGGUGAGCUGGGAUGUGUGCAAUUCCGAGACCUCAAUGCAGAGACGAGUGCAUUCCAGCGUUCUUUUGUCAAGGAUGUGCGUCGUGUCGACGAGAUUGAGCGUCAACUGCGCUUCUUUGGAAAGCAGAUUGAGACCGCCGGCAUCCAAAUCGCCCCCCUCGACUACGACAACAUCAGUGCAGCUGCACCGACUGUUCAAGAGGUUGACGAGCUUGCAGAACGUACCCGACACUAUGAGGAACGCAUCAAUUCCUUGAAUGGCUCCCACGAAACACUGCAGAGGCGCUACGUUGAGUUGAUUGAGCUGCGUCAUGUCUUGAAACAGACGGGUGGCUUCUUCGACCAAGCUCACCAGCAAACGCAAAGCAUACUGCCAGAAGAAUCUGAAGAGGUCAGUCUGCUUGACAAUGCUGCAGACAUGGAGCAGCAGCCAGCAGAUGGGAGCUUGGCCGUCAUGAACAUUGGCUUCGUCUCUGGCGUAAUUCCACGAGCGCGGACCAUGGCCAUGGAGCGUAUUCUGUGGCGCAUUCUACGUGGCAAUCUCUACAUGAGCCAGGUCGAAAUUGACGAGCCCAUCAAUGACCCAGUGACCAAUGAGCCUGUGGACAAGAAUGUCUUUACCAUCUUUGCUCACGGCAAGGAGAUCUUGGCCAAGGUUCGCAAAAUCACGGAAAGUCUUGGUGCAACGCUUUACCAAGUGGAUGAGAACCCCCGCCAGCGCCGUGAACAGCUGACUGAAGUCAACUCUCGCAUCGGAGACAUCAUGUCAGUCUUGCAGAACACACGCCAAACUGCUCACGCUGAAUUGCGAUACCUAGCUGCCAAUGUCAACACUUGGAUGGUGCUUGCUCGCAAGGAGAAGGUCAUCUAUCAAACAAUGAACUUGUUCAACUAUGACAGCGAGCGUAAGUGUCUCAUUGCAGAAGGCUGGUGCCCAACCAAUGAUCUGCACAAGGUGCAGAACUGCCUGCGAAUCUCUGCUGAAAAUUCUGGUGCAUUGCAACCCAGUAUCAUGAGCGAGAUCCACACCGUCAAGACGCCACCGACGUUUAUGCGAACCAACAAGUUUACUCAAGCCUUCCAGUCCAUUAUGGAUGCUUAUGGUAUCGCCACGUAUCGCGAAGUCAACCCUGGUCUCAUUGCCAUUGUCACCUUUCCCUUCCUCUUUGCCAUCAUGUUUGGUGAUCUUGGCCACGGCUUUUUCCUGCUCUGUGCCGCACUCUACCUCGUCUUGAAUGAAAAGAAGCUUGCUCGAGCUGGUCGCGAAUAUGGAGAGAUUUUCGACAUGGCGUACUAUGGCCGAUACAUCAUGCUGCUCAUGGGCAUCUAUUCCAUGUACACUGGUCUCGUCUACAACGACAUCUUUUCCAAAUCAAUGAACUUGUUUGGCUCACAGUGGAAGUUUCCAGAAGACUCGAAUGCAGCAACCAUUAGCGGUGUGCAAACUGGCACAUACGCCUUUGGUCUCGACCCUGCCUGGGAAGAAGCAGACAACGGCCUGCUCUUCUCCAACUCGCUCAAGAUGAAACUGUCGGUUUGCAUUGGUGUGAUUCACAUGACUUUCAGUUUGUGCCUCUCUUUGAUCAACCACCGCUUCUUUAAGAGCAAGCUCGACAUUGUCGCCAACUUCAUUCCCGGCAUGCUCUUCCUAUGCAGCAUCUUUGUCUACCUCGUCAUCUGCAUCAUCUACAAAUGGUCGGUGGAUUGGUCCAAAACGGAUGCUCAGCCGCCAAGUUUGCUCAACAUGCUCAUCUACAUGUUCUUGUCUCCGGGCACUGUGGAGGAGCCCUUGUACCCUGGCCAAGCUCAAAUUCAAGUUGUACUGCUGCUCAUCGCGCUUGUUUGUGUGCCGUGGAUGUUGCUGAUGAAGCCUCUUGUUCUUCGUCGAGAACACAACAAGGCACGGGAUGCAGGCUACCAAGGCGUUGCCCUGAAUGAUAACACGCGCAUUUCUCACUCCAAUGACGAUGACGACGACGAAGGCGGUGGUGUUGUCAUUGCCGAGCAAAUGCACGAAGAAGAAGAGUUUGAUUUCGGAGAAAUCAUGAUUCAUCAGGUCAUCCACACAAUUGAGUUUUGCCUCAACUGCGUCUCGCAUACAGCCUCGUACCUGCGGCUGUGGGCUCUGUCACUCGCGCACAAUCAGCUGAGUAAAGUGCUCUGGUCCAUGACGCUUGAGAAUGCUUUUGCUACACGAGGUCCUCUAGGUGUUGUCAUGUUGACGGCGUCCUUUACGAUGUGGCUAGUUCUGACGAUCUCAGUCCUUGUUGUAAUGGAGGGGACCAGCGCCAUGCUACACUCACUGCGACUCCACUGGGUCGAGGCAGCCUCUAAACAUUUUGAGGCAAAUGGCCAGAAAUUCGAGCCCAUGACUUUCGAGUUUUGA